AUGGAUUCGAAUGAUUCAAUUUGUAGUCAAAGUGAAUCUUACAUCAUAGGAAUCGAUGACAAAAGUACAGUUCUUAAUCUGAUUCCGUCUAAGAAUGAUUCUCAAAGUUGCUUCUUCGAAAACUUAACUCUCGCAUGGUUGGAUAUCAAUCUUAACGAGUCUGAUCAAAAUUGUCAACAGUCUAUUGGUGAACUUCGACGUAUCGUCAACACCAUAAGUAUAUUCACUGAUCCUGAUGAAUGUGUAGAUUUUCUCACUGAUAUUGAAGAUACAAGUGUGUUCUUAAUUGUAUCGUCUGAUGUUGUUCAACAAUUACUUCCACUUAUUCAUGACAUAUCACAGAUUGAUUCAAUCUAUGUAUUAGAUGAGGCUAAGUCGACAUCUGAUAUGUGGAGAAUAAUGGAAUGGAUAAAAUUGAAAGGAAUUUUUAUUCAGAUAACAUGUUUAUGUGAUCAACUUGCACGAGAUGUCAAAGAAUAUGAUCGACAUAUGAUUUCAAUUAGUAUGGCUCCACCAAAUGAUGAUUACAACCAAGAUUUAAAUGAACUUGAACCUUCAUUCAUGUAUUCACAACUAUUCAAAGAGAUUUUACUCGAUAUUGAAUAUCAGGAUAAUGCGAAAGAAGAAUUAGUUCAACUAUGGCGUGAGGAAUACCAUGAUAAUCAGUCUCAAUUGAAAAUUAUCGAUGAAUUUCACCGAGAUUAUUAUUCACAUAGUGCCAUCUGGUGGUAUACUCGUGAUACAUUCACUUAUUCUAUGUUGAAUCGAGCUCUAAGAACAAUGGAUAUAGAACAUAUGAUUAAGAUGGGCUUUUUCUUACGCGACAUUCAUCGUCAAAUUCAACAGUUACAUGUUGAAAAAACAUCAUGCUUUCGAGUUCUUUUGAUAGUCUAUCGUGGACAAGGAAUAUCUAACAAUGAAUUCGAAAAGCUACGAGCAAGAAAAGGUGGUCUUCUGUCCUUUAACAAUUUUCUAUCUACCAGUACCAAUCGACAAGUCUCACUUAUGUGGGCCGACAGUUCUCGAGCACAUUCAUUAUUGACAGGUGUUCUUUUUCAAAUAACUAUUGAUGAUAUAACAACUAUGUCGAGUCCAUUUGCAUCAAUAAAAGACAUUAGUAAUUUUCCAUCUGAAGAAGAAAUUUUAUUUUCAAUGCAUACCGUUUUUCGAAUUGGUGAUAUGAAAGAGAUUGAAAAUCGAUUAUGGGAAGUUAAUUUAACUUUAACAAAUGAUAAUGAUGAAGAUCUUAAAAUUCUCUCAGAAAGUCUUCGAAAAGAAUUAUUUGCAUAUUCACGUUGGCAUCAAUUAGGUCGAUUGAUGUAUCGAAUGGGAAAAUUUCAACAAGCAGAACAACUCUAUAUGUUCAUUCUCAAUUCGAAACAUCUCUGCAAACAAGAAGAACGUAUUAUUCUCUAUGGUCAACUUGGAUCAUGUAAACAAGCAAAAAGAGAAUUUAAAAGUGCUCUUGUAUGCUAUCAAAAUGUACUUGAAAUUGAAAAACAAUCUCGUUCUCCAAAUAUUCCUAAUCUAGCUAUUACAUACAACAACAUUGGUCUCGUGUACAAACUUAUGGGAGAGUAUCAAAAUGCAUUUUUAUGUUAUCAAAAAGCACUUGAAACUCAUCAAACAUGUUCUCCUUCUUAUCUUUCUCCUCUAAUGACAAUUUACAGAAAUAUUGGUGACGUAUUUAAAUUGAUGGGAGACUAUGAAAAUGCACUUUGGUUCUAUAAAAAGACAUUAGACAUUGAAAAAAUUAUUCAUCCUCAUAAUCAUCCUAAUCUAGCUCAUUCUUAUAACAAUAUCAGUGGAUUAUAUUACAUAUUGGGUGAUCAUGUGAAAGCACUUUUCUUUGCUGAAAAGACGUUGGAAAUCUUAAAAAAAUCUCUACCACUUGAUCAUCCACAUCUAGGAGUAAUUUACAACAACAUGGCUUUAAUGAGUAGUUAUAUUGGAAAUCAUUCAAAUGCAAUCGCAUUCAGUGAAAAAGCUCUUGAAAUAGACACAAAAAUUCUAUCUCCUAAUGACCCUAACUUAGCCAUUACUUAUAAUACCAUAGGUAAUUUAUAUUAUAGAAUGGGUAAGUAUACAACAGCACUCUCAUUCUGCCUAAAGUCAUUAGAAAUCUUCAAAAAAACAUUAUCUUUAAAUCAUCUUGACUUGGCUUCGAGCUACAACAAUGUUGGUUUUCUGCAUAGUGUUUUAGGAGAUUAUCAAAAUGCAUUAUUGUGUUAUGAAAAGGUACUGGAAAUUCGACAACAGUCUCUUCCCUCCAAUCAUCGAGACAUGGCUGCCAUUUAUAAUAACAUAGCUACUCUAUAUGGUCGUAAGAAUGAUUAUUCAAGUGCACUAUUAUUUUAUCAAAAGGCUCUCCACAUACAACAACAAAUAUUUGGUGACAAUCAUCCCGAUCUGGCCCAAACAUACAACAAUAUCGGUCUAAUCUAUAAGCUGUUAUGUGAUUAUUCAAAAGCAAUUCUAUUCUAUCAAAAGGCAUUGAACAUCGAAGAAAACUUGCUUCUGCCAAAUCAUCAGAAGCUACCACUUUACUACAACAAUAUGGGUCUUGCGUAUCAAGACAUGAACGAUCAUUUUAAUGCAUUUUCUGCUCAUCAGAAGGCGCUUCAAAUUCAAGAAAAAACUUUACCGUCCACACAUCCUGAUCUAGCUAAUACUUAUGCGAAUUUAGCCAUCUUACAACGAAAUAUAGGUGCUUAUUCGAAUGCACUUUUCUAUUUUCGAAAAGCACUUGAAAUUCAAGAAAACUCACCCUCUAACAAUUAUAGGGAUCUGGCCAUAACAUAUAAUGAUAUUGGCAUUCUUUAUAAUGACAUGGGAAAGCAUUCAGAUGCACUCAACUUUCUAGAGAAAGCACUUGAAAUUAAACAAAAAAUGCCAUCUUGUAGUCCUCUCGAUCUAGCUAAUACCUACAACAAUAUUGGUACAGUACAUUACAAUGCUGCUGAUUAUUCAAAAGCACUUUCUUUCUUUCAAAAAGGACUUGAAAUUAAUGAAAAAUAUCUCCCUGCAAAUCACCCAGAUUUGUUCUCAAUCAACACCAAUAUUGGUCAAAUUUAUAAUCAAAUCGGAAACUAUUCAAAUGCACUUUCUUUCUCGGAGAAAGCACUUCAAAUAUCCCUAAACCUAUCGCCUUCCAAUCCUCUAAAUCUAGCUACAGUCUAUAACAACAUUGGUACCAUAUAUGGUAAUGCUGGUGACUAUUCAAAAGCACUCUCUUUCUUACAAAAAGCACUUGAAAUUCAAAAAACUAUUCUCCCUCCCAAUCACCCAGAUUUGGCUACAGCUUAUAACAAUAUUGGCAAAAUCAUUUUCAAAAUGGGUGAAUACUCGAACGCACUCUUAUAUCACCAAAAGGCUCUAGCAAUUCGAGAAAAAUCUUUACCAUCAGAACAUCCUCUGUUAGCUUUGUCAUGACCACAUUCAAUUAUGACUUGGAUUGAACAUGAAAACGUCAGAGAUGAACGUGCUGAAACAUUUCAAUCAUUAUUAUGGCCUGGUGUGUAUGAAUGGAGUUAUGGAAUAUGUGCCACAUGUGCUGGAACAUUUAUCAUUUCACCAGCUAAAGCUGAAAAAAUGUAUUUACCAGAAAAUUUUGGUCGAUGUGCAACAGAGAAAGCUAUUAUUAGCUAA